CCUUUGAGAAUCUCCAUGGUGAAUGGCCGAUUAUCUUGGCGGCGCGCGGUAAACGCUGAUUGGGUGAAGCCGCAAAGGCGUUUCAUGCUGAUUGGUCGAGGCUCGAUGCCCGGUGUCCGGGUAAGAUGGCGGCGGAAGAGCAGUGCUCGGCACCACCUCGAUGGCAGUCGAUAUCUUUAACGCACGUAGAGUAUCCCGCUGGUGAUGUGGCAGGGCAGAUCCUGGCAUAUGCCAGUCUGCUGCCGAUGGCCAUCCUGGUUGGCUUCGUCACGCUCAUUGUCUUUAAGAGAGAGCUGCAUACGAUCUCUUUCUUUGGUGGUUUGGUGAUGAAUGAAGGGCUAAACUGGUUGCUGAAGCACAUCCUACAGGAGCCCCGCCCAUGUGGAGGAGGCCACAGCACAGUAACCACAGAGUACGGCAUGCCGUCCAGCCACUCGCAGUUCAUCUGGUUCUUUGUCAUUUACUUUUUCCUCUUUCUUUAUUUAAGAAUGCAUCAGACAAACAAUGCCAGAUGUGUGGAGUUGUUAUGGAGACAUGUGCUCUCAAUCAUCCUCCUUGGUGUGGCAUUGUCUGUGUCGUACAGCAGAGUUUACCUUCUAUACCAUACCUGGAGUCAGGUGAUAUAUGGGGGUGUAGCUGGAAUGAUGGUCGGCGUGGUCUGGUUUUUCAUAACGCAGGAGGUGCUGACGCCGAUCUUUCCCAAGAUAGCAGCCUGGCCCAUAUCAGAGUUUUUCCUAGUGCGGGAUACCAGUCUCAUUCCCAAUAUUCUGUGGUUCGAGUACACAGUCACCAGAUCAGAAGCCAGAAACAGACAACGAAAGCUGGGAACAAAACUCCAGUGAUGCGCACACUCAGCUGGUUCAAACUGACAAAAAGGACCACAAACAUUCACACACACUCUCACUUAUUCACACACACCCACAACAGACACACACUCCUACAUUCUAACACACUGGAGAUCGAACGUCUGGACUGUCCAGGUUGAAGCUUUCUGUUUUCAGGAGGACCAAAAACGAGAGUACAAUCCGAGAGGUCAAGGGGGAAGGGGCAGGGCCUGUGUGGGGGAUCAACCCUCUCCUCUCGUCAUCUCUUUCCCGAUGCAUGCUGACCGUGCAAGAGGCGAAGCUAUUUAACAAGAAACAUAAUAUAUAUAUGUAUUUUAUCCAUUAACGCAAGAGGGUACCUGGUUUAAAAUUGGAGUGUGAUUGAAAGAGAGAGAGAGAAAGAAAACAAGAAGAUACUUUAGUGACCUAUAGCUGGGGUUUUUUUUUUUUUUGUUACAGCAUGACAUUUUCUUUCAGAAACUGUGUAAUCAUUUUGGGUGGGGAUUUGUAGUGGGAAAGUGAAGGGGGAAAGUCCUUGUCUUUUUUUCCUUCUUUGGAAAUAAGUUUCCAUUCUCUGUUAAUAUGUAAUAUCAAGUAAAAUAAUUUGCACUUUGUAAAUCAGAAUGGAAAAAUAUCACCAUUUUAUUAUAUGGAACACUAGCUACAUUAGAGAAAAUGAACUUCAAUUUGCUUCCUUUUUUUCUAGAAAGGCAACAUUCCUAACUGUUUUUUUUUUAUUGUACUUCCCAUGCAGAUGACUUUUUUCCCAUAAUGAUUGGUUCCAGCUUCACACUCAUAGCUCUUGUUGUUCAGAAAGAUAGAUCUAAGUUUUGAUGAUUUGCUUGCAUUUACAUAAAUUUGCUUCGAAAAGCAUCUCUACCUUAAAAUGUUUAUAGUGGUAUUGAUCAUGAGCCGAUAAGCUAAAGCAGGUGUAUUUGAGUUUCUUAGUUCUGAGAUUGAGACCUGCUUUGUCUUUUAUACCCUAAAUGUUUAAAAGGUACUUUUAUUGUUGUUGUCGGGGAGUUUUCCUUCAAAGGUAAUAUUAAUAAAAGUUUACCUGACCACUUA